AAAUGAAAAAAGAAGUGCUUAUGUGGGGUCUUGUAUUCCAUAAUAAAAUUCCACAAACUGCCACUUCCUUCUUUCUUCUGCUUCAACCUACUACUACACUGCUCAUUCUCAGUUGACACUUCAAUAAUCCAUUAAAGAAGUUCCAUAGUCAGAGAUUUUUUCUGCCUCAAUUAUUGUGUAACCCAUUUCCAUAGUCUCUACUGACAUCUUGUUAUGUUUGAAAAAAGUUCUUGAAAUAGUGUACUGUAGAGCUGGCGUUGACUUGGGAUUCUUAAAUGGAUAUUGCUAAUUGAAUUAGCUAUUUUGAGUGGUUUAAGAAAUGAAGAAUACAAUGAGUUGGAAAAGCAAAAGAACAGAAUCAGUUUUAAAAGGAGUUGUUUCUAGAAAUUUGACCAUUUUUCUCUGUAUUGGUUGCUUCUGUGCUGGAAUGCUCUUCACCGACAGAAUGUGGACAGUACCUGAAGCUAAAGGCAUAUCAAGGACAUCACAGGUUGGUGAUCAAAAGGGGAAUGAUGUAAAAAGUGAAGCCAAGGAUAUUCUUGGGGAAGCUUCAAGGACUCAUUAUGCCGUACAAACCCUGGAUAAAACAAUCUCAAAUCUGGAGAUGGAAUUAGCUGCAGCAAGGGCCUUGCAGGAUUCUAUAACGAGUGGCACUCCAAUAACUGAAGAUUUGAAGAACCCUGAAUUAACAAAGAAGAGAAAAUAUCUGAUGGUCAUAGGGAUAAGCACUGCCUUUAGUAGCCGAAAGAGAAGAGACUCAGUUCGUGCUACCUGGAUGCCUCAAGGUGAUAAGCUAAAGAAGCUUGAGAAGGAAAAGCGCAUUGUGAUGCGGUUUGUAAUAGGACACAGUGCAACAUCAGGCGGCAUUCUUGAUAGAGCAAUCGAAGCAGAAGAGAAACAACAUGGAGAUAUCUUAAGGCUGGAACAUGUUGUGGGAUACCUUGAACUAUCAGCCAAGACAAAGAGCUUUUUUACUACUGCUAUUGCUCUCUGGGAUGCAGAUUUCUAUGUCAAAGUUGAUGAUGAUGUGCACGUAAAUAUAGGAACACUUGCAGCAACUCUAGCUACACAUCGUUCAAAACCCAGAGUAUAUAUUGGUUGCAUGAAAUCUGGCCCUAUCCUUGCGCAGAAGGGAAUGAGAUAUCAUGAACCUGAGCAUUGGAAAUUUGGUGGGGAUGGAAACAAGUAUUUCCGGCAUGCAACAGGCCAGCUAUAUGCCAUCUCAAAAGAUUUGGCCGCCUAUAUAUCUAUAAACCGGCAUAUUCUACAUAAGUAUGCUAAUGAGGAUGUCACAUUGGGAUCAUGGUUCAUUGGAUUGGAUGUGGAACAUAUAGAUGACCGUAAAUUGUGUUGUGGAACUCCACCUGAUUGUGAGACAAAAGCUCAAGCAGGCAACAUUUGUGUUGCCUCCUUUGAUUGGAACUGCAGUGGUAUUUGCAAGUCUGUAGAGAGGAUUAAGGACGUUCAUCGUCAUUGUGGGGAAGGCGAGAAUGCGUUGUGGAGCCCUGUCUUCUGAUAAUUCAGCAUUUUCUCCAAUCUCUGGAGUUUGCUAGUAGAUCAAACAGUCCCUGUAAAAUCAAUGUUUCCAAGUUUUUAGUGUAAUCAGCUUGUAAAAUAUGAAUUGUACAUUUCUCAUGAACGGGUGAGUGCCGUGGUAAAUGCUUAAGUAGUUAGUAGGCAUAUGUCAAAUGAAGCGUAAACAACCAUUCUUUUUAGAUGCUUAGGAAUAACAUUUGUUAGUUUGUUUUUAAGGGGAAACUAGUAAGUGAUAUACAUCAGCAAGCCUUUGCUGUUUCCA